AAGAAACUGAUCUGCGAUUGUGUGCUCAACGAUGACCUGAUCGACGAGUCCUGUGACCAGAAGAUGACACUCGUCCGCCUCUACUAUGCCAUAGGUGUGGGCCGACACGGAUGGAAAGUGGAGUACCUGUCCCUACAGGCAGACGCCAACCAUAAUGAUAGCGCUCUCUUUAAUUACAUACGAAGAAUACGUGAUAUUAUCGACGGCUAUAAACGACCGAAACGUUUGCUGGUGUUUGUGAACCCGUUUGGCGGUCACCGAAAAGCUCGCAAAAUCUAUGAGAACCGAGUGUUUCCUAUCUUUAAAUUGGCGUCAAUCGAAGUGGACUGCAUUGUGACCGAAAGGGCCAAUCACGCCAAGGAUCUGCUUCUGGACCCACAGGUGCGGCUCAACACAUACGACGGUGUGAUAUGCGUUGGCGGCGACGGCAUGUUUGCCGAACUCUUGAACGGUAUACUAAUCCGAACGCAAAGAGAUCACGGCAUCAAUUGGUCGUCGUUUGAGAGCAGUUUGAAAGCACCCAAAAUAACAAUGGGUGUCAUUCCCGCCGGUUCUACCGAUGCGGUCGCGUACGCCACCACCGGUAUCAACGAUCCCAUCACAUCCAGUAUUGCCAUUGUUUUAGGCAAAAGGCUUAACAUCGAUGUGAGUGCUGUUCAUCAUCGCGACGAAGACAAACUGAUUCGAUACUCGACGUCGUUCUUGGGUUACGGCUAUUUCGGCGAUACAAUCGCAGACAGUGAGGCCAACCGCUGGAUGGGACCCAAACGCUACGACUGGGCG